UAUGCACUCCCUCUCGUUCGGUCAUGACGCACUCUCGAAUUGUCAAACCGUGGGGGCAGUAAGAAGGCACGGGAUAUUUGCAUAGCUCUAUCUGCAAGUGUGUGUGUGUGUGUGUGAGAGAGAGAGAGAUGGAGCAAUCAAAGUUCAAGAGGAUUUGUGUGUUUUGUGGGAGUAGCCCAGGAAAGAAGAGCAGUUAUAGGGACGCUGCUAUUGAGCUCGGCAGGGAAUUGGUUUCAAGAAAUAUUGACUUGGUUUAUGGAGGAGGAAGCGUCGGUUUGAUGGGUUCGAUUUCCCAAGCUGUCUACGAUGGUGGUCGCCAUGUCAUUGGAGUUAUACCCAAGACACUCAUGCCUAGAGAGAUAACUGGAGAACCAGUGGGUGAAGUGAAGGCAGUAGCAGACAUGCACCAGAGGAAGGCUGAGAUGGCUAGGCAUUCUGAUGCCUUUAUUGCCUUACCCGGUGGGUAUGGGACUCUUGAAGAGCUUCUUGAAGUGAUAACUUGGGCCCAACUUGGCAUCCAUGAUAAGCCCGUGGGAUUGUUGAAUGUAGAUGGAUACUACAAUUCCUUGUUGUCAUUCAUCGACAAAGCAGUGGAGGAAGGCUUCAUUAGUCCAAGUGCACGCCAUAUCAUUGUAUCCGCCCCUACUGCGAAAGAGCUAGUCAAGAAAAUGGAGGAGUAUUUUCCAAGGCAUGAAAUAGUAGCAUCAAAGCUAAGCUGGGAAAUUGAACAAUUAGGCUACCCUCCAAAAUGUGACAUCUCAAGGUGAAUAGAUGAGAUGAUGCAUGAUGGAUGGAGACUGGAGACUGGAGACUGGAGUAGGAGGAGGAGGCUUUUUGUGAUGAAAGCCACUAAUUUUAGAUGACCAGAAAUUUCCUCAAGUGGGGUUUUUUUGUUUUUCUUCCCUUGGUGUAAACUAGAAGAAAUUGACCUCAAGUUGUGUAGCUAGACUACUACUUUUCCUUCAAUGGGAAUUAUUAGCCAGGGUAUUCUGAUGCUCCAUUUGGUUGGCAGAUGCAGCACAGGGAAAUAGAGAAGAAAAUUUAGUGUUACAACAAUUUGUAUUGGAAUGUUUGUUGCCAAUUCUAAAUUGUCUUUCAAUUUCCUCU